AUGGCUAACCUUGUUCUAGUACUUGUGAAUCUGAUAGCUCUGCCAGCAUUACUAGUGUUUGUCGUCAUAAUAAAUCCCUCCUCCCAUGCCGAUGCAGUGUUCGUAAGCAUCGACUGUGGCUUUACAGGUUCCUCUACUUACAAAGAUGAAAACUCAAUAGUAUGGACAGGGGACGAAGCUUACAUUCAUAAUAAGCACGAGUCUCAAGUGUUCAAUGAGUACUACAGCAGCAACACGCCAGUUGAUUGGACCAGCACUGUAAGAGUGUUCCCAACUUUGAAUAAAAACUGUUACACCAUCCCAAUUGGCAAAGCUGGGGAGAGACUUCUUGUUCGAGCAAGUUUCCGUUACUGGGAUUUUCACAAUAACCCUAAUUAUUCUGCUACUUCUCCCGGCCCGACCUUUGAGCUCCAGUUCGACGGCAACUAUUGGACCACGGUUGUCACCAAACCCUAUGAUAUCGUUUCUUAUGAGGCCAUCUAUGUUGCCAAGGCAAAUACAACGAGCAUAUGCGUUGCUAAAACUAAAGAUAAUCAGCUGCCCUUCAUAUCCGCACUCGAAUUGCGGAGCUUGGAUUUCAAAAUGUACAGCCAUGUUGAUUCCAAUUACGCUCUGCUAUUGGCAAAUAGGCAUACUGACGGUACAAACCAAACUGUUAGGUAUCCAGAUGAUGCAUAUGAUCGAAUUUGGGUUCCGGAAAGUGGUUUUAUAUUUACUAAGACUGUGAAAGGGGAAGCAAGGAGCAUUGAUACUAGUAGUGCACAAGAUAAUCCUCCAGAAGCUGUGUUGCAAGAUGCAGUGGAAACCACAGGCACUCGUUGGUCCUUAGUUCUGGACACCAGCGGACUUCCACAAUCACAAGAUCAAAAAGUGCGCAUCUACAUGACCACCUACUUCUCUGAAGUCAUUCGGCCGCUCAAUUCAUCCACCGACAAAAGAUCCUUACAAGUAUUGGUAGACGGCAACCCGUAUUCGGGCACCAUCGUCCCUCCUUUCGGAAGCGUAUCCACUGUCUACAUUACCAACAUCACAGCUUAUUCCAACACUAAUUUCACUAUUGAGUCAACUUUACAAUCCACGCUUCCUCCUCUCAUCAGUGCCUAUGAACUCUAUACUAUCACUGGCCCUCUAACCCAAGCAACAACCAGCACUAAAGAUGUGGAAGGGCUAGCAGCACUGCAGAGAGAGUUUAAGAUACUGCAGAAAUGGAGUGGCGAUCCCUGUCUUCCAUCAUCCUUUGCAUGGGAAUGGGUUGAAUGCACUAAUACUACUAUUUAUGCCACUCCUCGUGUAACCUCACUGAAACUCAGUGGCUUCGGCCUGUUUGGCCCGCUUCCAGACUUUAGUUCCAUGGAUGGGCUGCAAAAGAUUGAUUUUCACAAUAACAGCUUGGAUGGACCUAUUCCUGAUUUCCUUGGCUCCUUGCCUAAUCUAAAUCUACUUUUAACCGGAAAUUGUCUCUCUGGAAUGUCUUGUCCACCCAACGACGCAUCACCACCACCACCAGCAGGUCCACCACCACCAGAUUCAACACCCUCAGAUUCACCGGCCCCAGGUCGAUCACCACCCGAAGAUUCACCGGCCUCAGGUCCAUCACCACAUAAUUCACCAUCACCAGGUUCUCUGCCACCCUCCGGUCUAUCACCACCUGAUUCACCACUAGUGCUUCAAACACCCUCUUCCAGUGGCCCCAACCAAUAUGAAGCACCCCCGCCUCCUUUAGGCCACCAUAACUCAAGUGAAAUACCCUCUCCAUCAGGAGACAAGGAAUGCAGUGACAAGCCACAGAUGAUACUAGGCAUCAUAAUUCACGUUUCUCUUAUUUCUUUUAUGUUCAGUAACUUCUGA